AUGGCAUCAGAAAAGACCACAAAAAAGGAUCUGCCAAAGGCCGAGGAACAGCAGCAAGCGGUAGGUGCCAGGGCAGCCAGCUACUUGCCCUUGCUCAACUCUGCAUUCAACCUGGUCUCAUCUGCCUACAACUAUACCAAGGAGACGCAUCCUUACCUCAGUGGCGUCUGCAAUGUGGCUGAGACUGUGGCCGCUGUCGCAGUAGGUAGCGUGGUUGGUGGGGCACAGCCCAUCCUGAACCAGCUUGAGCCACAACUUGCACUUGUAAAUGAAUAUGCCUGCAAAGGACUGGAUCAACUGGAGGAGAACUUGCCUUUUCUUCAAGAGCCGGCAGAUAAGGUUAUCUCAGACACCAAGCAGCUGGUUUCCACCAAAGUCACAUCUGCUAUGGAUGCUGCCUGUGAGGCAAAAGAAGGUGCAAAGGACCUUGUGACUAAUAAGGUGACCGAAGCAAUGGACCUAACCAAAGGGGCUGUUCAGGAUGGUGUUGAGAAGACCAAAUCAAUGGUCACUUCUACAGUCAACACAGCUCUGGAUGCUACAGUGAGCCAAGCAGUGGCAGGUGGUGUGGAAUCUGUCCUGGGUAUAUCAGAAGAUCUGGUGGAUCACUACCUCCCGAUGACAGAGGAGGAACUAGGUCAGCUGGCCACUGCUGUGGAGGGAUUUGGUAUCGCUUCUGUGGAGGAGCAGAAACAGCAACAGAGUUACUUUGUGCGUCUGGGUUCCCUCUCUAACAAAGUCCGCCACCGAGCCUACCGGCACUCCCUCAACAAACUGCAGCGCAUUAAGCAAAGCACCCAGGAUACUCUUUCACGACUACAGCUGGCAAUAAAACUGAUUGAAUCUGUGAAACAAGAGGUUGGCCAGAAGCUUCUGGAUGGCCAGGAGAAGCUCCAUCAGCUGUGGGUAGACUGGAGCCUGACCCAACCCAAAGGAAACCAAAUUAAAACUGCCUCCCAAGCAGAGGUAGAGUCACGGACUCUAGCUAUGCUGCGUAUCAUCACCCAGCAGCUACAACCUGUUUAUGAGAAUCUGAAAGCCAGCAUCCACGGCCUCCCCAGCAACAUCCAAGAAGCUGUGCAUCAGGCCACUCGAAAUAUCCACAAGCUCCAUGGUUCUUUUUCCAGUGCUAUGUCUUUCCAGGACCUAUCCAGCACCACCCUGACCCAGAGCCAGGACUGCGUGGCAGAAGCCCGAAGGUCCCUAGAUGACCUGUUUGAGUAUGUAACUCGGAACAUCCCGCUAAACUGGCUUGUGGGUCCCUUCAGGGCGAUAGUUGCAGUGUCACAGGAUAGCAGAAAGCAGAAGAAGAAAGAUACGGUGACUGAUACAAAAUCACCUCUGUUGGAAAAGGCUACAUCAUCAAAGGAGGUGGCUAAGACACCCAAAGAACCAAAGGGAGCAAACAGGAUCCCAGGGGAAGGGUCGGAAGUGCUGGAGAAGCAGGAAGAGAAGGCAGAGAAAGACACAGAGGUGGCACUGGCUGCAAAGGAGAUAAAAACUAACGCACCAGAGGAAGAUCUCUGA